CUUCCGCCCGCCGCCGUCAUUCCGGCCGCCGCCGCCGCCAGGAUGGUCCCGCCGGUGCAGGUCUCGCCGCUCAUCAAGUUCACCCGCUACUCGGCGCUGCUCGUGGGGAUGAUCUACGGCAAGAAGCGAUACGACUAUCUGAAGCCGAUUGCUGAGGAAGAGAGGAGAAUAGAGGCGGAGGAGAAGAAGAAGCGUGAGGAGCUGGAGCGGAUCGCAAAAGAGAUCGCAGAAGCAAGUGAAGAUUCCAUAUUGAAAUGAAGAAAAGAUCUGAUUUGAAUUUCGCACAUGGAAAUACAUGGCUAGGCUGUGAACUGUCCAAUGGUUUCUGAACUCUGCAUGAUAUUCUAUCAAUAAAGUACUUACUACACUUCA